CGUUGGCAGUCGUUGGAGUUAUUUUGAAAAGUGAAACAUGGCGUUUACCCUGUGGACUCUGUUCGAGGCAACACUUUUGUGUUUAAAUGCCGUCUGUGUCCUUCACGAGGAGAGAUUUCUAGUCAAGAUUGGAUGGGGAGCCCAGCAGAAUAUUCAGGGGUUUGGGGAACCUCCUAGUGUCAAGUCACAGGCCAUGCAUCUUGUGAGGUCGAUAAGAACUGUGGCGAGAUAUCCCCUAAUAUUCCUCAACAUUCUGACGAUACUCGUGAAGCUGGUGCUGGGAUGAUGGAAUAAAUGUAUAAAUUAUCAAUCCCUAAAUAAUUAAUGUCUCCCAGGAGCGAUGUACAUACAAGUCCCUAUGACGAUUUUAUAAUAAAAGAAUCUUCAAUUACCACUA